AUGGACAGAAUUACAUGCCGUUUUGAGGUGCAAGGCCGCAUCUCAAACAUGGCGCAUAGUGAUAUCACCAACGACUGUCUUGUGAGUACUAUGAUGAACGGAACUCACAUUUUCAAAAAGGAUGAUUCUAAUUACGAACCUUCUACACGCAGCUCUAUACAUCUGGAGAGUUUUCCGCAUCAUAUCAUUGGUGGCGAUCCCGUUAUAUCCUCUUGUUUCUUGUCUGCCGAUUCUUGUAUAGCUAUUGGUACUGGAAUGGGAAGCAUCGCCGUUAUUUCACGUCAUUCACGCACAGUAGUGCGGUGCUACACCUUCCAGGAAGAGACACCAGUACUGUCACUGAAAGAAGUGCCACAGGAACCUUCACUGCUUUUAAGUAGUUCUCCAAGUAGUGCAGAGGUAAUAGAUAUUGAGCGCGCUGCAGUGCGAUUAAGCUUCUUAACCCCCAAACCUCGAGUUAUUGGGGCAGUGGCAGUUAACAAUAACACAUUUGCUGUGGCUAAUUAUGAUGGUAAAGUAAUGCUAUACGAUGCACGAAGAGGACGUGAACCGGUAACUAUACUUGCUGUCCCAGAUCAAAUUACCAGUAUUUCAGCAUCAUUAGAUUCUGCUGCCGUAGCUGCAGGUACAGUUGGAGGUCGUGUCUUUGUUAUGCGUUGUUCAACAAGUAAUGUUCGAGAAGAGGCAUUUGGAACAGGAAAGGUUCGUGUACCUAUUCGUUCUGUUUCCAUGUACCAUGGACGAAUAGCAGCUGGUGAUGUCUCUGGUAAACUCACAAUCAUUGAUACCGGUGAACAUCCACAACCGACAAAGUAUUGGACGGCGCAGUCCCUUUUACCUCAACAUGCAACAACCAACAGCACAAUAUCAUAUACAGUCGCCUCUCUUGUCCAGUGUAAGAAAGAAGUUUGGACUGCAGUAACACCUUCAGAAGGUGCCUUAUCUCAUGUAGUGGUUCUCUCAGCUUGA